CGAUCCAGGAGCAGUGAAGUCAGUUGGGUUUGGCAGGAACAGCGUCAAAGCAGUAACACAGAAAUAAACGUUAUUCGGCGUAGGUACACAACUUUAUAAGCAAAUAUAAAUGCGCCUUUAUAAAUAUUUCCAUCUCCUCUUCUGCUGAGGACUCUUCUUGAGGUAUCCCAGUGUUGAGUAUGGCAAGCUGUGAAGAAGUGGACUGUUCAGUGAAUGCCCUGGCUCCCUCCAAGCUGAUAGAGGAGGGAGGAGAUACUUCCAGUUCCACCACCACCACCCUGGAGUGUGCCAUCUGCCUGCAGAGCUGCAUCCACCCCGUGCGCCUGCCAUGCUGCCAUGUCUUCUGUUUCCUGUGUGUGAAAGGUGCUUCCUGGCACAGCAAGCGCUGUGCUCUCUGCCGGCAAGAAAUCCCAGAGGACUUCUUGGAGCGACCUGUCCUCCUCUCACCGGAAGAAUUGAAAGCAGCAGCUGCGGGGAUGAGCCGAAGUGUAGGGACUGGGGGCAGUUGCUGUGGAGACUAUGCAUGGUACUAUGAGGGGCGCAACGGCUGGUGGCAGUAUGAUGAGAGGACCAGUCGUGAGCUGGAGGAGGCCUUCUCCAAGGGCAGGAAGAACACAGAGAUGCUAAUUGCAGGGUUUCUUUAUGUGGCUGACCUGGAGAACAUGGUGCAGUUCCGCAGGAAUGAGCAUGGCCGCAGGCGCAAGAUAAAGCGGGACGUUGUAGAUAUCCCCAAGAAGGGAGUUGCGGGACUGAGGUUAGAACCUGAACCUUUCCCCAUUCCUGCUUUACCAGUUGUCACCCCAGCUGCAACAAAACGCCACAGCUCAGCUGAUGGAUCGGAUACUGCAGGCCAGUCACAAUCUUCAUCCUUUGGUAUUAUGGUGUCUCUUCCUCCUGUCAGACCUCCAACACUCCUGGGGCGCCAUCCUCCCAGUCCCCUUUCUCCCUCGACUUCAACCCUGGAAGAGGCUUUCUCCCAGGUCCAGAUCAGCGGGCCAGAGAGUGAAGAGUUGGAAGGAGACGACGAACUACAGACAUAUGAGUAUGCAUCCGGCAGCAGUGAGAAUGAAGAGGAAAGGGAGUGCGAGAGAGGGACAGCAGAAUCCAGGCCACAGAGAAAACCUAGGCAAAGACCGCUAAGAGAGAGCCAACCAGCCAGAAUGCCUCCAAGAGGCGGACCCUCCAGCUCUGUACACAGUCUCCGCUCACGUAGUCCUGAUGGACAGUGUACUGAGACAGAAGUGUGACUGCAACGGGACAGUGGUAUCUGAUCCACAGAUGACAGUUUUUCAACUUUUAUCUGUUCAGCAAAAAAAAAGUUUGCAAACCAGUAUGCAUCUUUAAAGGUCCCUCGAAAUCCAAAAUACUUUAAAUAUUCUUUGGUUACUCAAAGAUCCCAUCCAGUUGAAUGUAAUCUUAGUUUUCUCCUUUCUUCUAAACCUGCAGGUCUACCAAGGUAAUUAGUAGUAGCAGCAAUGAUAUGGGUCAUAGCUGUGUACUUGGAUGCAAAAACAUAACUGACUCUCCACUGCUAAUAUAUAAUUACUUAACACCUGAGAGAAACUCUUGCAGAAAUGCUUAAGACCAUUAUAAAAGCCAUUUUAAGGGACCUCCAGCAUAAAUCACACAUAACACAUAAAGCCUUUUGUUGAACACUUCAAAAUCUCGUGUCAUCCAGCAAUACGAUGGUAGUUAUGCAUUGCUCUCAGCAACAGGUUAUGUAGUGAUCAUAACACAAUGUUGCUUUACCUGUUGCAACUUCUUGGUGAAUGUUGUUUAUAAUUAAACUAAACCCUCUUUGAUCUCUAAUCUUUUGAGAUCAUGUUUUCUCUGGAGUGAUGGUGUGAAAUUCAAGCUUAAAUGUAGCAGCUGAUGUACCAGUUAGAGGGUUAAACCUGCUUCCCAUGUUUUGAUUAUUAGGUUUUUUGAAGUUAAAAAGUUUUAAUCUGGACUUAAUUCAUAAAUAAAAUGGUGUGUGUGUGCACAAGACUCUA